AUGAUAUCAAUUCCUUUCAUACCGACUGGAAAUUAUUCUCAAGUAUCUGAUAUUGAACCCUUUGGGCCUUUCGACAUUUCUUCUCAAGCGUCUGAUAUUGAAUCCUUCGUAUCUGCCCCUAUCGAAAAUUAUUCUCAAGGCUCUGACGUUGACCAAUUUUUGAAUCUUUUCGGUUCCCAUUUUUUCUUUGAUCAGAACGAUGUGCCUUCCCAACUAUCAUCUAAUCCCGAUUUUAACGUAUCAUAUGCCGAGAACGCUAAUCUUCCGUUUUUGAACGAAUCGUAUCAUGAUUACACAUCUCAAAAUCCAUGUAAUAUAUCAAUCGUUCCACCUCCUGUUGGAUCAAUCGUUCCACCUCCUAUUGGAUUAAUCUUUCCUCCUGUUGGAUCAGUCGUUCCUCCUCCUGUUGGAUCAAUCGUUCCUCCUCCUGUUGGAUCAAUCGUUUCUUCUUCUUUUGGAUCAACCGUUUCUCCUCCUAUCGGAUCAACAACUCAAAAUUAUCCAUUGUAUCCGGUUAUAUUAAAACUCCUUGAAUAUCGGGAUAAAUUAUACUCUUGUCAAGAUACCGAUGAACUUUUAAAUAUUAGCAUGGAACUUCACCGUCUUAUAGAUGAU